UUAUCACAAUUGACAAUCUUGAAACAAACAUUGAGUGAGCAUCAUGGAUUCAUCAAACCUUACAUCACUUCCAGAAGAAGGCUCAGAAGAAACCCAUAAUUCCCACAAUCUCCCUUCUGCCUUUUCUUCUGCCCCUACUCGCCCUCCCAUUCAGACUUCUUCACAGAAAUAUGCACCUUCAGACUGGUCAGGUUAUUUCGAUCAAGAGGAUGACAUUCAGAUCCCAGAUUCAGAUGAUGUAUUUCAUGUUUAUAUGGCAGGGACAGAAGGGCCUGUUAUUUUUUGCCUGCAUGGUGGUGGUUAUUCUGGGCUCUCAUUUGCAUUGGCAGCAAGCAAAAUUAAGGAGAAAGCUAGGAUAGUGGCCAUGGAUCUAAGAGGACAUGGAAAGACAUCUACACAAAAUGAUGUAGAUUUGUCUAUUGAGAGGCUAUGCAGUGAUGUGUUUUCUGUUUUGAAGACCAUGUACGGAGAUGCUCCGCCUGCAAUUGUGCUUGUUGGCCACAGUAUGGGAGGUGCAGUUGCAGUUCAUGUUGCUGCAAAGAAAUCACUUCCAAGUUUGGCUGGCUUGGUGGUUGUGGAUGUUGUUGAGGGUACAGCAAUGGCAUCAUUGAUUCAUAUGCAGAAGAUACUAUCGAACAGAAUGCAGCAUUUCUCGACCCCUGAAAAAGCGAUUGAAUGGAGUAUCAAAUCAGGCUCUUUGAGAAAUAUUGACUCUGCCUGUGUAUCAAUCCCCAGCACAUUGAAAUAUGAUGACUCAAAAAAAUGUUAUACGCAUAGAGCAAGACUUGAAGAAACUGAACAGUUUUGGAAAGGGUGGUAUGAAGGCCUUUCUGAAAAGUUUUUGUCAUCUCCUGUGCCAAAGAUAUUGCUUUUAGCUGGGACAGACAGACUUGACAGAACACUCACAAUAGGUCAAAUGCAAGGGAAGUUCCAAAUGGUGGUCGUCAGACACACAGGCCAUGCUAUACAGGAAGAUGUGCCUGAUGAAUUUGUCACUUUGGUACUCAAUUUCAUUUCCCAUAACCGAAUAGGCCCACAUGGAAUUGAGAUUCCUGGACUUCGUCGACCCCCUCAGUCAAAACCUUGAAUACUGGACUGAUACAAAAUAAUAAUUGAAUAGCUUGGUUCAGUAACUUUUAGUAUCACGAAUCAAAGCUUUGGAGAUGUUUUUAUGGAGAUUGUACAUAAAGGUGUCAACUGUAAUAAAUGUUCUAUUCCGUAAACAAGAACAUUUAAAAUAGUUUUGCGUUUGGUUUCUUAUUAAUGCAAGGAUUACAAGUACAUGCUUUUUUAUGAUUCAAC